AUGAGGGUGGCCAAGUGGCUGACGGUGCUGCUUUACCAGCUCUCGCUCUUCAUCUUCAGGUCUUGGGAAAUUAACUUUCACCCGAGGCAAGAAGCCCUGGUGAGGUCACUGACCUCCUACGAAGUGGUGACCCCAGUUCGGGUCAAUGAGUUCGGAGAAGUCUUCCCUGAAAGCCAACAUUUCAGCCGGAGAAAGCGCAGCUCGGGGGCACCGGAGGAACCCACUCCUUUCAGGACCCACUAUCGCAUCAGCGCCUAUGGGCAACUCUUCCAGCUGAACCUGAGCGCAGAUGCGGCCUUCCUGGCCCCCGGGUUCUCAGUGGUGCACUUGGGCGCCCCAGCGUCCCGCGAAGAGGAGUUCAGAGCAGAGCCCACAGACCUGCGCCACUGCUUCUACCGGGGCCAGGUCAACGCACAGCAAGAUCACACAGCUGUCUUUAGCCUUUGCGGUGGCCUGAUUGGAACAUUUAAAGCGAGUGAUGGUGACUAUUUCUUGGAACCUGUAAUGGAGGCAGGUGGGAGUGAGAAUGAAGAUGAUCACAACAAGCCGCAUCUUAUAUACAGAAAGGACAUCAGGAAGAAUCAUCUUCCGCAAUCUCACAGCCUUUGUGCGGUUUCAGAGAGUCAAAUAAAGCAAACCACUUUACCCUUUGGUAACGAUAGCAACACUAAUGAAGAUCUUAAUACCAAAAAGAAAAUAGUUUUACAAUACCCUCAAAAAAAUGUAUCACAGAAAAAUGAAAGAAGUCAAUUACAUUCCAGGAGAAAACGGUUCUUAUCACAUCCAAGAUAUGUGGAAGUUAUGGUUGCAGCUGAUAUGAAAAUGCUUCGCUAUCAUGGACAGAAUUUACAACACUACAUACUAACUCUGAUGGCAAUUGUUGCAUCCAUUUACAAGGAUUCAAGUAUUGGAAAUCUUAUAAAUAUAGCUGUUGUAAAAGUAGUUAUACUCCACGAUGAACAGAAUGGACCAGUAAUCAAUAGUGAUGCAACUGCCACUUUGCACAACUUUUGUUUAUGGCAACGAAAUCAGAAUGUUCUUGAUGAUGCUCACCCUUCCCACCAUGAUACUGCUCUUCUUAUCACAAGGGAAGACAUUUGUGCAGAGAGAGACCGUUGUGACACACUAGGUUUAGCAAAAGUAGGUACCAUGUGCAACCCUCUCCAGAGCUGCGCUAUUAGUGAGGAGAAUGGACUCAGCGCUGCCUUCACCAUCGCCCAUGAAAUUGGGCACGUGCUUAAUGCUCCACACGAUGACAGUUUUAAAUGUAAGGAUAUUGUAAUAAAUGAUGAGUAUCAUGUAAUGGCCCCAAGCUUAAAUUACCAGACACUUCCUUGGACCUGGUCAAAAUGUAGUCAGAAAUACAUCACUGAAUUCCUAGAUAUUGGUCAAGGGGAAUGCCUCCUCGACAAACCCAGUGGAAGAGUAUUUGAUCUGCCAUCACAACUUCCUGGAUUGAUAUAUGAUAUAAACAAGCAAUGUGAACUUAUGUUUGGUCCUGGAUCACAAGCAUGUCCCUUUAUGAAACAGUGCAGGCGUCUCUGGUGCACAAGCUUAGAAGGAAUUGAAAAAGGCUGUAUCACUCACCACAUGCCACUGGCAGAUGGAACCAUCUGUGGGGUUGGGAUGCACUGCUACCAUGGACUUUGUGUAAACAAAGAAAUGGACACUCGUCCUGUGGAUGGUGAUUGGGGACCAUGGGGACCAUUUAGUUCUUGCUCCAGAACCUGUGGUGGUGGAAUCAGAAGUGCCAGCAGGAUCUGUAAUCGCCCUGAGCCAAAAAAUGGAGGAAAGUACUGUGUGGGCCUCAAGACAAAAUAUCAGUCAUGUAAUACUGAUCCAUGUCCAGAAGACAGCUUAGACUUCCGUGCAAAGCAAUGCUCUGAAUUUGAUGGUAAACAUUUGAACAUCAGAGGUUUUCCGUCCAAUGUGAGAUGGCUUCCACAGUAUACUGGGAUUGCUAUGAAAGAUCGCUGCAAACUGUUUUGUCGAGUUGCUGGAACCAAUAACUUCUACCUGUUGAAAGAUAAGGUUGUUGAUGGUACUCCUUGUGGAACUGAAACAAAUGACAUCUGUGUUCAAGGUCUAUGUUGGCAAGCUGGCUGUGAUCACGUGUUAAACUCCAUGACCAGACAAGACAAAUGUGGAGUGUGUGGUGGAGAUAACUCUUCCUGCACAACUGUGACUGGCAUCUUCAACAGUGCUGGCUAUGGUUAUAACACUGUCAUAAAGAUUCCCGCUGGAGCAACAAACAUUGACAUUGUUCAGCGCAGCUAUUCUGGAAAACCAGAGGAUGACAAUUACCUUGCACUGUCUAACAAUCAGGGGCAUUUUCUUUUGAAUGGAAAUUUUGUUGUCAGUAUGGCAAAAAAAGUAAUCAACAUUCAAGGAGCUACUUUAGAAUACAGUGGUUCAGACAGCUCAACUGAGAGAAUUAAUUCUACUGGUCAACUUAAAGAAGAGCUUGUUUUGCAGAUUUUAUGUGUAGGUAAAUUACACAACCCUGAUAUACAUUAUUCCUUCAGUAUCCCUAACAACAACAUCCCUCAAGGAAUAAGAAGUGAAGUGUUUACAUGGGAUCCACAUGGACCGUGGCAAGACUGUUCCACAAUGUGUCAAGGUCUUCGCAGAAGAGAAGUUGCCUGCAUACGUACAAGUGAUCGUAAGGUAGUCCCUGACAAAAGAUGUGAACACUUACCUCCUCCUUCGUUUGUGACGGAAAAGUGUAAUACAGAUUGUGAACUAAGGUGGCACGUCAUUGGAAAAAGUGAAUGUUCAUCCCAUUGUGGUCAAGGAUAUAGGUCCUUGGAUGUUCGUUGCAUGAAGUAUUCCAUUCAUGGGGGUCAGAAUAUUCCAGUAGAGGACCACUAUUGUGGUGACCAACGUAAACCUUCUCUUCGAGAACCCUGCCAGGGUGACUGUGUCUUAAGAAGGUGGCAUUAUACAGAAUGGUCUCAGUGUUCCAGAAGUUGUGGACAAGGUGAAAGAUCUCGAGAGUCAUACUGCAUGAAUAAUCGUGGCCACCGCCUUGCUGAUGGGGAAUGCCACAUGGUUCCCCGCUUAACAGUAGAGAAAUGCAAUGAAUUUUCCUGUCCUAGUUGGGCCACUAGUGAGUGGAGUGAGUGCCUUGUUACAUGUGGGCAAGGAACAAAGCAGCGGGAGGUUUGGUGUCAGCAGGAUGACGCUCAUUUGAGUGAAAGCUUCUGUGAUCCAAAUAUCAAACCUGAAUCUGUGAAACUAUGCGAGCUCCGUAAAUGUGCUUCCUGGCAAGUAGGACCAUGGGGUUCAGAUUGUGAACUUGCACCAUGCCCAGUUAUUCCUGAAACUGGAGCCACUGCAUUAUCUUAUCUUCCUGUGGAAAACACAGCACAAUGGAGAUUCGGUUCUUGGACCUCAUGCUCCGUGUCCUGUGGGAGAGGCAACCAAGCUCGCUAUGUCAGCUGCCGUGAUGUUCAUGAUGAGAUAGCAGACGAAUCGUAUUGUGCCCAUUCCCCUCGACCUUCUGAAGUCACUGUGUGUUUUAUCCCUUGUGGAGAGUGGCAAGCAGGGAGCUGGUCACCUUGUUCAGCAACCUGUGGAAAUGGAAAAAGAACUCGACAAGUUUCAUGCACCAACCACCAUCAGGCAAUUAGUGAGGAUUACUGUGACCCCAAAGUUCGCCCUUUGACAGAACAAGAAUGUACCCUGGCAGCCUGCCCGCCGACGUACGGCCAGUCUCCUAGUUCUUCGGAGCAGCCCAGCCACCCUCCAGGCAGGAGUUUUCCAUUAGCUCACAGACCAGAAGACAAUCAAAAUGAGGGACUUUAUUCACCAAUCAGAGGAAACCAGUGGAGAACAGGACCGUGGGGAUCAUGCUCUAGUAGCUGUGCCCAAGGUGUUCAGCAAAGAGUUGUGGUCUGCCAGGAUGAAAAUGGACAAAGUGCCAGUUACUGUACCCCAUCCUCCAAGCCUCCAGAGUCCCAGCUCUGUGACUUGGGACCGUGUCCACAGUGGAACUAUGGCAGCUGGGGAGAGUGUACACAAACAUGUGGCGGAGGAAUAAAGAAAAGAUUUGUACUAUGUCAGUUCCCAAAUGGUCAAAUAUCAGAAGAGAGAAACUGUGAAAUCUUAAACAAGCCACCUGAAGUGGCCCAGUGUCAUGUGCAUCCUUGCCCUGACGAUGUUACAUGGCAUCGGGGACCAUGGAAAUCGUGCUCAACCUCCUGUGGAAAGGGUACAAAGCAACGUGAGGUGUUUUGCAUUGACAACUUCCGAAGAAAAUUAGAAGAAAAGAACUGUAGUCAUCUACGGAGACCACAAACUCACAAAGCAUGUAGAUCUGGUAGAUGUCCUUCAUGGAAAGCCAAUAAAUGGAAGGAGUGCUCUGUGACCUGCGGCUCUGGAAUUCAGCAGCGGGAGGUGUACUGUAGACUGCGAGGCAUUGGUCGGGUGCCUAAAGAAAUGUGUGGUCUGUCCACUCGGCCGUCUUCUCACAGGCAGUGUUGGCAACAGGACUGUGCACAGUACCGGUGGACUGCAGGAACCUGGAAGGAGUGUUUGGCAUCAUGCAAGAGGAAAGGGAUGUAUCGGCAAGUGAAGUGUAUUGAUGCACACAACAUGACAGUGAAUCAAAGUUUCUGUGACCCUUCAACCAGAAUUCCUUCAUUCAAGAAGUGCAGUAAACCUCCCUGCACAUACAUUGUGGUGACAGGAGAUUCAACCCAGUGUGCAAAUAAUUGUGGAUUUGCUUACCAACAACGGAUUACAUAUUGCACUGCUAUCUGGUCUACUAAGAAAUAUAAGUCUCAUCAGCUUUGGCCUGUAGAUUAUCGAGAAUGCCCUGUGCUGCCUUCCCCUCAGGUCUAUAAGUGCAAUUUUGGAAGCUGUUUACAUUUGGCCACUUGGAGUGUUGGAAAAUGGAGUAAGUGCUCAGUCACGUGUGGGGUUGGGACAAUGGAAAGAAGAGUGGAAUGCGUGACUGAAGAUGGCUGGUCCAGUGACUUGUGUUUAAAGCGCUUAAAACCAUAUGCUCUAAAGAAAUGUUAUGUCAAUGACUGUAAAACACUUACCAGCUGCAAAGAAAUCCAAGUGAAAAACAACAUUAAGAAAGAUGGUGACUAUUACCUCAACAUUAAGGGGAGAGCAAUAAAGAUUCAUUGUGCAGGCAUGCAGCUGGAGAAUCCCAAGGAAUAUGUAUCAUUGGUCAAAGGUGAAGAAGACAACUUUUCUGAAGUAUAUGGCUUCAGACUAAAAAAUCCAUACGAAUGUCCUUUCAAUGGCAGUAGAAGGCAAGACUGUGAAUGUAAACAUGACUACCAAGGUGCUGGAUACACUGUCUUCAACAAAAUAAGAAUUGAUCUCACUUCGAUGCAGAUUAGGACCACAGAUCUUCUUUUUUCUCGGACAUUAUUUGGAAACUCAGUUCCAUUUGCAACAGCUGGAGAUUGCUAUAGUGCUGCCAGAUGUCCACAGGGGCAGUUCAGUAUUAAUCUGGCAGGCACUGGGAUGAAGAUAUCCAGCACAGCAAAGUGGCUUGCUCAGGGGAGCUAUGCCUCUGUCAUUAUACACAGAUCACAAGACGGAACCAAAGUUUACGGCAGAUGUGGAGGGCUCUGUGGAAAAUGUAUUCCUCAUGUGAGUACUGGUCUUCCAAUUCAAGUAUUAUGA